CAUUCAGCUGCCCAGCCCGAGCCGAGCUUCAGAGACACUGCACCCGCCUCCAACAGAAAAGAAAGAUCUCAUCAUGGUGUCCAUGGGACGACAGAUGCUGGGCUUUGUCCUGGCCAUCAUCGGCUUCCUGGGGACCAUCAUCGUGUGCGCCCUGCCCAUGUGGAAGGUCACGGCCUUCAUCGGCGCCAACAUCGUGACGGCGCAGGUCAUCUGGGAAGGCUUGUGGAUGAACUGUGUCACGCAGAGCACCGGGCAGAUGCAGUGCAAGAUCUACGAUUCCCUCCUGGCUCUGCCUCAGGACCUCCAGGCCGCCAGGUCCCUCAUCGUCAUCGCCAUCAUCGUCGCCGCCUUGGGGGUUCUCCUGGGCAUCGCUGGGGGCAAGUGCACCAACUUCAUUGACGACCCAAACUCCAAAGCCAAGGUGGCCAUCGCUGCCGGGAUUAUCUUCAUCAUUGCCGGAGUUCUCGUCCUCAUCCCAGUCUGCUGGUCGGCCAACACCAUCAUCAUGGAUUUCUACAACCCCCUCAUGACCAACGCGCAGAGGAGAGAGCUGGGGACCAUGACUUCCAUGGGGAUGCAGAUGGCGGGCUGCGCUCUGGGCCUCCUGGGCUGGAUCGGGGUGAUCAUCGCCUGCGCCGCGCCCAUGUGGCGGGUCUCUGCUUUCAUCGGCAGCAACAUCGUGACCUCGCAGAUCUUCUGGGAGGGCCUCUGGAUGACCUGCGUGGUCCAGAGCACAGGCCAGAUGCAGUGCAAGAUCUACGACUCCAUGUUGGCUCUGAGCGUAGACCUCCAGGCGGCCCGGGCCCUGAUGUUGGUCUCCAUCAUCGUUGGCGUCAUUGGGAUCCUCAUCGCCUUCGCUGGAGGAAAGUGCACCAACUUCAUUCCGGAUCAGAGGGCGAAGGCGAGGGCGUCGGUGGCUGCCGGAGUGAUGCUGAUCAUCAGUGGACUCCUGUGCAUCAUCCCCGUGUCCUGGACCGCCAGUGAGAUCAUCAGGGACUUCUACAGCCCCUUGCUGGUGGACGCCCAGAAGCGAGAGCUCGGGGCCUCUCUUUACAUCGGGUGGGGCGCCGGGGCCCUGAUGCUGCUGGGAGGGGGCCUGCUGUGUGCCACCUGCCCCCCCAAGGAGGACAACUCCCUGUCUGUGAGGUACCUCCUAAACAAGCCUGGUGGAAACAGCAAAGUGGAUUCAAUUGUGUCCUACGCGCCAUCAAAGACGUAUAUUUGACGUCUGGUUGACGACUCUGUGUCUUUGAGAGGAAACGGAAGCUUGGAGUUUAAUCCAGAAACAUUUGUGGACGUGCAAGCGAUGAAACAUGAAGACAAAGGGACAAAAUGAAGGAAAUGUGGACGUGGAGAUUUCUUUAAAUCUGAAUGUUACUCGUCACAUCCUCUGUGCACAGGGAAACUUUAAAGUGUGUUUUACAGGUUUGGGAAUGGAUUUGUUUCAGCACUGUGCAACUUUUGAUAUAUUCGUGACUCUAUUUUCUCAAUAAAUGAACUUCUGUUGUUAGCUGUGUUUCUCUCAGGCUUCUUGUUUACAGUGAACAUUUUAAUUCCCCUGUGGUCAUUAAAACCAAACAGAGAGAAGUGAGAGAACCUGUUUGUCAGGUUCUUCUACCAGAAUUCACCAAACAGGUGACUCAGGGACUCACACACCUGUCAGCUGAAGGAUGACACACUUUUCAAAGUUUCGUCCGACACUGACGCACAAAUGCUAGAUUCAUUUAUUUAUAGGUUGUUGUCCACAGAGGACAUUUGUGUGUUUGAAAAGGUUUUUUAUUGUUCCUUUAACAACCAAUUUCCAGUGUUUCAGUUCUUCCUGACCUGUCACCUUGAUAGUGAAAUACUGAAACAUUUAAGUUUUCCUGCUCAAAUUCCCAUAUCAAGUCAUUAUGAUCAUAUAUAAUAAAUCAGGUAAUAUGAGAUGGAGGAGGGUCAGUCCAAUAAAUUCUUACAUUCUUCACCUCACCUCCAGAAAUACAAAUUCAAAGAGGUUUGAGUUUCACUUGAGUUUGUUAAUUAGGAUUACUCAAAAACUACUGGACAGAUCGCCCCCUGGUGGAGGGAUGUGUUACUGCUAAGAGAGGAACCUUU